AUGAGUCUUUCUGUGGAUAUUGUCACCCCUAACGGGCGUAGCUACAAGCAACCUACUGGUCUGUUCAUCAAUAACGAAUUCGUCCCGGCUACAUCGGGACAAACCAUUACCUCAAUUGACCCUGCCACUGACAAGCCAAUCGCCACUGUCGACGCUGCCAGCCCUGCGGAUGUCGACCGUGCCGUGAAGGCAGCCAAAGCCGCUCUCAUUCACCCAUCAUGGAAGCUUCUGCCCGCCACCGAGCGAGGCCAGCUGAUGGCCCGACUAGCCGACUUAAUGUGGGAGAACAGAGAGCUUCUCGCCACAAUCGACGCGUGGGACAAUGGUAAGCCGUACCACGUCGCCAUGGAUGAGGAUCUCGUCGAGGCUACCACUACAAUCCGCUACUACAGCGGCUGGGCCGAUAAGACCUUCGGUCAGACUAUCAACACCAUCCCUCAAAAGUUCGCUUACACUCUCCGCCAACCCCUCGGUGUUAUCGGCCAGAUUAUUCCAUGGAACUACCCUCUCGCCAUGGCAGCCUGGAAACUGGGUCCUGCACUCGCAUGUGGAAACACGGUUGUGCUCAAGCCGGCCGAGCAAACCCCUCUCAGCAUCCUUGUUCUGGCGAACCUCAUCGUCGAAGCCGGCUUCCCGCCUGGUGUCAUUAACAUUGUAAACGGAUACGGUCGUGACGCCGGUGCAGCACUUACCACCCACCCGCUCGUCGACAAAGUUGCUUUCACCGGAUCAACCGCGACAGGUCGCGAGAUCAUGAAAAUGGCCGCAGGCUCACUGAAGAAUAUCACCCUCGAGACAGGCGGUAAGUCGCCUUUGCUCGUUUUCCCCGACGCAGACAUGGACCAAGCGGUCAAGUGGUCCCAUUCCGGUAUUAUGUCGAACCAGGGGCAGAUCUGUACGGCUACGUCACGGAUCUUCGUGCAUCGCGAUAUUCUGCCUACUUUCCUGGCCGAGUUCAAGAGGGCCGUGGAGGCUGUUUCGAUUGGUGAUCAGUGGGAUGAAAAUACUUUCCAGGGCCCUCAGGUGACUCGUGCGCAGUAUGAGCGGGUUCUCUCUUACUUUGAUAUUGCUAAGAGCGAAGGCGCUACGCUUGUUACUGGUGGUGCUGCGCAUGUUCCUGCGAAGGCGGAGAAUAAGAAUGGAUACUUUGUUCAACCUACCGUGUAUACGGAUGUGACGGACUCUAUGCGGAUUGCCCGUGAAGAGGUUUUCGGACCGGUGGUUGUUAUUCUGCCUUUUGAUACUGAGGAGGAGGCUAUCCAGCGUGCGAAUGAUACCUCGUACGGUCUUGGUGCUGCUGUUUUCACUACUGAUCUGGAGCGUGCGCAUCGUGUGGCUUCUGAGCUUGAGGCGGGUAUGGUUUGGAUUAACAGCAGCCAAGAUUGCGAUCCUCGUGUUCCAUUUGGUGGUGUUAAGCAGAGUGGUAUUGGCCGUGAGCUUGGAGAGGCUGGACUGGAAGCCUAUAGCCAGAUCAAGGCUGUACAUGUCAACAUGGGAACUAGACUUUAG